UCUCUCAGCCUCGAGGGCGGGCCAUCAGGGAGCCGAGGGAGGACACAAUACACCUUCUAAGCGUUUCCCUCCCACUCCCAAUUUUAUUUUCCCGAAAGAGAAAAAUAGAAGAGGACAAAAAUGUCAGAAGACGAUGAAGGAAACGAGAAGAAAACGCAAGGAUCCAACCCUAAGAAGCUCAAACUCGUAACCUUCACCGGAGCCGCCGGGCUGUUAGGACUCGCCGUCAGUUUCGCCAUCUUCGCUUUCAACUCUCACAAGCAAAAAUCCAAGAAGAAAUGUCUCCCCGGAUGCGAUUCUGUCUGCAUUAACCUAUCCGCGAAGGAGAUUCUCGAUUUAGCUGACGAAAUCAUCUCCAAGUCCACUCGAGUUCACGACGCUGUUGCCUUGGUUCCUCUUAACAAGCUCUCUUAUGAGAACGUUGUGUUGCCGCUGGCGGAGCUUGAAGCGAGGCUGCUUCCUCUUAUACAAUGCUGUGUGGUUCCUAAGAUGAUAUCUCCUCUGGAUAAUGUUCGUAAAGCUAGCGCUGAAGCUGAGAUGAAGAUAGACGCUCAUCUUCUCUCCUGCAGGGAACGUGAAGAUGUUUACCGUGUUAUCAGAAUUUAUGCUGCAAAGGGAGAAUCAAUUGCUCCUGACGCUAAAUGCUACCUACAGUGCCUGGUUAGAGACUUCGAGGACAAUGGUCUGAACCUCACUACAACAAAAAGAGAGGAAGUGGGGAGAUUGAAAGAUGAAAUUGAUGAGCUAAGCUCGCGAUACGUUCAGAAUUUAAAUGAAGAUAGUUCUUGUCUUUUCUUUACUGAGGCUGAGCUUGCUGGUUUGCCUGUAGAAUUUCUCCAGAGUUUGGAUAAAACUCAAAGUAAAGAAUUUAAGCUCACCUUGGAAAGUAGUCACGUAGCAGCUAUUCUAGAGUUAUGCAAGAUAGCCAAGACAAGGAAGACAGUGGCUAUGGCAUAUGGAAAGAGAUGUGGAGAUGCCAAUAUUCCGGUGUUACAAAAAUUGGUUCAGUCGCGCCAUAGAUUAGCUCGCUUACUUGGUUAUGCACACUUCGCUGAUUAUGCUCUUGAUCAUAGGAUGUCAAAGACAUCAACAACGGUGAUCAGAUUCCUGGAGGGCAUCUCUUCCAGUUUAACGGAUUUGGCUAUUAGAGAAUUUUCCAUUUUGAAAGAUCUGAAGAGGAAAGAAGAAGGGGAGCUUCCAUUUGGCGUAGAAGAUCUUUUAUAUUAUAUAAAGAGAGUAGAGGAGCUGCAGUUUGAUCUUGACUUCGGAGAUAUCCGACAAUAUUUCCCUGUCAGUUUGGUCCUUUCCGGAAUCUUUAAAAUAUGUCAGGAUCUUUUCGGAAUAAAAAUUGAGGAGGUUACAGAAACGGAUGUCUGGUAUUAUGAUGUUCAAGCUUUUGCCGUGUUUGACUCCGGGUCUGGAAAGCUUUUGGGUUAUUUUUAUCUUGACAUGUUUACCAGAGAAGGGAAAUUUAGUCACAGCUGUGUGGUGAGUCUUCAGAACAAUGCAUUGUUCUCCAAUGGUGCAUGUCAGGUGACAAUCUUACAUCCAUGUCGGACCUUUAUUUGGACCUGUUCUGGCAUUUAUCUUGUUUCUGUUUGUCUCCAGAUUCCCGUUGCGUUGCUUAUUGCACAGUUUUCAAAGGAUGGUAGUGGUGAAGCUUUGCCAUUGGGAUUCUCUGAGGUCGUUAAUCUUUUCCACGAGUUUGGCCAUUUGGUCCAACAUAUCUGCAAUCGUGCUUCAUUUGCUAGAUUCUCAGGCCUACGUGUUGACCCUGACUUUCGGGAGAUUCCAUCUCAAUUAUUGGAAAACUGGUGUUAUGAGAGUUUCACCUUGAAGUUGAUAUCAGGUUAUCGCCAGGAUAUCACCAAGCCACUGGUUGAUGAAGUCUGCAAAACACUCAAACGUUGGCGAUAUUCUUUCUCUGCACUCAAGUCGCUUCAGGAGAUAUUAUACUGUCUAUUCGAUCAAAGAAUAUAUUCGGACGAUGAUGUGGACUUUGGCCAGCUAAUCAGGAGUCUUCAUCCAAAGGUGAUGGUAGGGCUACCAGUGGUGGAAGGAACAAACCCUGCUUCAUGUUUCCCACGUGCUGUAAUUGGCUCUGAAGCAACGUGUUACAGCCGUUUAUGGAGUGAGGUGUUUGCUGCUGAUAUAUUUGCUUCACAGUUCGGGGAUGGGCAUCCGAAUCUGUAUAUGGGCUUGCAGUUCCGAGACAAAGUGUUGGCCCAGGGAGGAGGCAAAGAAGCCAUGGAACUUCUCACCAGUUUUCUUGGAAGGGAACCAUCAACACAAGCUUACAUUGAGAGCCGGACAAAGUAUGGAUUGUGAUAUCUGUGCAUUGAACAGUAGGAUGUUCUGUAAUGAAUCUGCCCGGCUGGUGAAAAAUGAAAAUGCUGUUUUGCCAAGCUGAACAACUUUUUGUUGUUGUCGGAGACUGUUAUUAAGUGAAGCAGAGUGAAGACUGAAAGUAUGGAAUUUGAAAUGCUGAUUCAAGAAUUCAAAUAAAAUCAUUAAUAAACAUCUCUACAUUA